AUGCCCAUCCCCAUGCCUGUUCCCGGCGCCAACGCCCUCCUUACCGUCACAGAGGAGGGUGACAUGGUUGUUGAGAAGAACGUCGAUGUCCCCCUGAAGGACGGCAAGGGCCUCGUGCGUGCCAACGUCUACCGCCCCAAGGCCCCCGGCCGCUACCCCGUCCUCAUGACUUACGGACCUUACGGCAAGGACAUUCCUUACUCGUCGUUCCACACUCCUUCCUACAACGAGAUCCCCGACGAGCAGAAGUCGCACAACUCGGCCUGGGAGACCCCUCACCCCGAGUACUGGACCAAGCACGGCUACGUCGUGGUGCGCGCCGACGAGCGUGGUCUCGGCUCUUCCUACGGAUACCUCGACACCAUGUCGGACCAGACCUCGUCUGACUUUGCCGAGGUCAUCGAGUGGGCUGCCGACCAGCCCUGGUCGAGCGGCAAGAUUGGUCUCGUCGGUAUCUCGUACUACGGCGGUUCGCAGUGGCGCGUCGCUGCGCGCAAGCCCAAGGGUCUCGCCUGCAUCAUCCCAUGGGAGGGCAUGACCGACUACUACCGCGACCGUGUGCGUCACGGAGGUAUCUACUCGGACGUGUUUGUGCGCUUCUGGUGGAACAACCAGGUCGGCAUCAUGCAGUACGGCAACGGCGUCAAGACCCCUCGCCGCUUCCACGGCUGGGAGGGCCCCGCGGUGGGCCCCGAGUGCCUUGAGGGCGAGCUCAGCACUGAGGAGCUCGUCGCCCUCCGCAACGACCAGACCGUCGACAACCGCGUGAACCGUUACCUCGACCAGCCGUACCACAACUCGCGUGUCUACAACCUCAGCGACAUUGAGGUGCCCGUCCUCUCGGUUGCCAACCUGGGCGGUAUCCUCCUCCACCUCCGUGGCAACGUCAUGGGCUACAUGCAGGCCGGCAGCAAGAACAAGUGGCUCCACUUCAUCUCGGGCCGUCACGACCUUCCCUUCUACCUUCCCCACUACGUCCAACUGCAAAAGUCCUUCCUGGACGCUUGGCUGAGGGACGAGGACCCCGAGGGUUGGAAGGAGGGACCCAACGCCAAGAAGCCCGCCGUGUCGCUCUUGGUCCGCAAGGGCAACCCUGGCUUCAACUCGAACGAGGCCGAGGCAACCUUCAAGGCGCGUCACGAGAACGAGUGGCCCAUCGCCCGUACCGUGUACGAGCAGUUCAACCUCACCCCUUCGGGAGGCCUCACCACUGCCCCCGUCGCCGAGGCCGGUACCUUUGAGCUCGAGGCAUUGGGCAAGGCGGACCCCAUCUCCUUCGAGGUCCAGUUCGACAAGGAGACCGAGAUUGCCGGCCACCCCACCGCCAACCUCGUCUACUCGGUCAAGAAGCGCGCGGACGGCACCGCCCCUCGCGACAUUGACGUCUUCGUCACCCUCCGCCACAUUGGUCCUGACGGCAAGGAGGUCUUCUACACCGGUACCGCCGGUGACCCGGUCCCCCUCGCCAAGGGUUGGCUGCGUGGCUCGCUCCGUGCGAUCAACGAGGCAUCGCCAGUGCACAAGGAGUACCUCCCUUACCGCGAGUACCGCUCGACCGACGUCUCGUACCUCGAGCCCGAGACCAAGUACGAGCUCCUGGUCGAGAUUUGGCCCACUGCAUGCGUCAUCGACAAGGGCGGCAAGCUCGUCUUCGAGGUGUCCACUGGCGACACCCAGGGCUCGGGUCUGUUCCAGCACAAGGAUCCCGAGGACCGUAACGAGUCGGACCUGGGCGGUGUCAACGUCCUGCACGUCGGUGGCGAGGACAAGUCGUGGGUCAAGGUGCCUAUUGUCUAG